UGCGAACUCCACACAAAGAGCGCAGCAUCAACAUGAGCGAAUCGCUGUAUGAUGAGUUCGGCAACUAUAUCGGGCCCGACCUCGAUGAUGACUCGGAGAGCGAGGAAUCCGAGAAGCAGGAAGAGUCAGAGAAGGACGAGGACUCCGAUGACGACGAUAGAGACCGAGCACAGCCGGAUUCCUCGUAUCCAGGUCAAUCCUCCACCGCACUGCAAACGUAUCGUGAAGAGGACCAUCGCAUUGUGUUGCACGAAGAUAAACAGUACUACCCUGAUGCAGAAGAAGUAUUUGGCGACGCGGAAGUGUUGGUGAUGGAGGAAGAUGCCCAGGCGAUUGAAACCCCGUUGGUCGCCCCUGUCAAGGUGAAAGCGUUUUCGUCGCUAGAGAAAGAGCCUGUCAAGACGACGUAUUCAAACGAAUUUCUUGCAUCGCUCAUGGAUUAUCCGUCCAUGAUACGCAACGUGUGUGUGAUCGGUGACCUUCACGCCGGCAAGACCUUAUACCUCGACUUGCUGGUUGAGUCUACCCACGUGAACAAGUGGAAGGACCAGCAAAAGGACACGACCAAGCGCAUGAUGGCGGUAGAUCUUGAACGGCGCUACACGGACAGUCGCGCCGACGAGCAGGCCCGCAAGGUUAGCAUCAAGUCCACCCCCGUGUCGCUUGUUCUGCCGUCGUCGCGAGGCAAGUCGUAUGUGAUGAACGUCCUCGACUGUCCCGGGCACGUCAACUUCUCGGACGAAAGCACGGCCGCGAUGCAGGUGUCGGACGGGGUCAUCUUGAUGGUGGAUGUCGUUGAAGGGGUCAUGAUGCAUACGGAGAGCCUCGUGAAAGCUGCGCUGUCGGCCAAGCUCCCCCUCUUGUUGAUCGUGAACAAGGUGGACCGUUUGAUCAUCGAGCUCAAGCUGCCGCCCCACGACGCGUACUUUAAGCUGCUGCACACGAUUGAAGAAGUGAAUCGACUGGUUGAGGUGCACACGCCCCUGGGCGACAAGUUCAAGCGACUCUCCCCCGAGUUGGGCAACGUCUUGUUUGCGUCAGCCCAGCACGGAUGGUGCUUUUCGUUGGAGUCGUUUUCACAGUUGUACGCGCAACGGCAGCACGGCAUCAACCCCGCCGAAUUAGCCAAGCGACUUUGGGGAGAUUUGUACUACACCCCCGGGACCCGCACCUUCAAAUCCAAAGUGCCAUAUGAAGGCGCCCACCGAUCGUUUGUGCAAUUCAUCUUGGAGCCGAUCUACAAAAUCUACGCGCAAGUAUUGGGUGAAGAGGUACAAGUGUUGGCCAAGACGUUGCGAAGCCUUGGGCUGCGCGUGACCCGGGAAGACCUACACUUGAACCCUCGCCCGCUGCUCAAGCUCGUGCUGUCUCAGUUUGUCGGUCGAUCGUCCAAUUCCUUUGUCGACCUCGUGAGUCGGUUCAUUCCGUCGCCGAUGGAAACGGCGGAAGCCAAGGUCCGCGCUCUGUACACUGAAAACCCCGACUCGACUGUUGGCAAGGCCAUGCUUGCGUGCGACCCGAUGGGGCCAUUGAUGAUCAACAUUGUGAAGUUGUACUCGUCGUCGGACGGCACGACGUUUAGCGCGUUUGGUCGCGUCUACUCGGGCUCCGUGUCGGCGGGCCAGCGUGUGAAGGUGCUCGGUGAGAGCUACAGCCCCGACGAUGACGAGGACAUGGUUGUGCGCACGGUUGAAAGCGUUAGCAUCAGCCAAGGCCGAUACAAAGUGGACGUGAAUCGCAUUGUCGCGGGCAACUGGGUCAUGCUCGAUGGCGUCGACGGCAGCAUCACAAAAAGCGCGACGAUCACGGACGCGUCGGAAGAUUUGCUACAAGAUGAUCGCGUGGGUAUUUUCCAACCCAUUUCCAAGCGAUUUGGAACGAGCGCGGUCGUCAAGCUCGCUGUGGAACCGUUGAACCCGUCCGAGCUGCCCAAAAUGUUGGAAGGGCUUCGUAAGGUCAGCAAGAGCUACCCCCUCGUGACAACGAAAGUGGAAGAGUCGGGUGAACACGUCAUUUUGUGCACUGGCGAGCUCGCUGCUGACUGCAUCUUGCACGACUUGCGUAAAAUGUACUCGGAAAUCGAAGUCAAAGUCGCCGACCCCGUCGCGUGCUUCAGCGAAACAGUUGUGGAGACGUCCUCCGUUCAGUGCUUUGCCGAGACCCCCAACCAAAAAAACAAACUGACCAUGAUUGCUGAACCGUUGGACGUGGGGCUCGCCAAAGACAUCGAGUCGGGCGUGGUCAACUUGAACUGGCCCAAGAAGGACGUGGCAGAGUUCUUCCAAAACAAGUACCAGUGGGACGUGUUGGCAGCGCGAUCCGUGUGGGCAUUUGGACCGGACAGUACAGGGCCAAACGUGUUGAUUGACGACACGCUGCCGUCGGAAGUGAACAAAAAGUCCCUCAACAGCAUCAAGAACUCGAUCGUGCAAGGCUUUCAAUGGGGGUGCCGUGAAGGUCCGUUGUGCGACGAACCGAUUCGAAACACCAAGUUCAAGAUUUUACACGCGUCCAUGGCGAAUGAACCGAUUCACCGCGCGGGCGGGCAAAUCAUCCCAACGUCCCGGCGAGUCGUGUACUCGUCGUUCUUGACUGCCACGCCCCGUUUACUCGAGCCGAUUUUCGCCUUGGAAAUUCAGUGCCCGGCCGACACCGUGUCGACGCUGUACCAAGUGCUGACCCGUCGUCGAGGCCAUAUCACGCACGACGCCCCCAAGGCCGGGUCGCCCAUGUACACCGUGCGUGGUUUCUUGCCCGUGAUCGAAUCGUUUGGGUUUGAGACGGACCUUCGCGUGUUCACCCAAGGCCACGCGUUUUGCACACAAACGUUUGACCACUGGGCGUUGGUGCCAGGCGACCCGUUGGACACAACGAUCAUCUUGCGUCCGCUCGAACCUUCGCCGGUGCAAGCAUUAGCGCGGGAAUUCAUGGUCAAGGCGCGCCGUCGAAAGGGGCUGAGCGAAGAAGUGAACGUAUCCAAGUUCUUUGACGACCCCAUGCUCCAUGAACUGGCCAAGCAAGACAUGGAUGUCGAGAAUCUCAUGUAGCACUCUGGCAUUAGCCUCGUGACGCCACGCGAAUAGCGAAUACCAGUC